AUGGGGACUUCGGUGCAGGUGACGCCUCUCAGUGGGGCAUACGGGGAGGGCCCCCUGUGCUACCUGCUCGCCGUCGACGGCUUCCGCUUCCUCCUCGACUGCGGAUGGACGGACCUCUGCGAUACCUCGCAACUUCAACCCCUCGCCAAGGUUGCACCAACUGUAGAUGCUGUUCUUUUGUCACAUCCUGACAUGAUGCAUCUAGGAGCUUUGCCUUAUGCUAUGAAACAUCUUGGGCUCUCUGCACCAGUUUAUGCAACAGAACCCGUGUUUAGACUUGGCCUUUUGACCAUGUACGACCAUUUCCUAUCUCGAUGGCAAGUUUCAGACUUUGACUUGUUUACUUUGGAUGAUGUUGAUGCUGCAUUCCAAAAUGUUGUGAGAUUGAAAUACUCACAAAAUUACCUUCUGAAUGAUAAAGGUGAAGGGAUUGUUAUUGCUCCACAUGUGGCUGGGCAUCUUUUGGGGGGGACAGUGUGGAAGAUCACAAAAGAUGGGGAGGAUGUUGUGUACGCUGUUGACUUCAACCAUCGGAAAGAGAGGCAUUUGAAUGGCACCGUUCUUGGAUCUUUCGUGCGGCCAGCUGUUCUGAUAACCGAUGCUUACAAUGCUUUGAACAAUCAAGGUUAUAGAAAAAAGCAAGAUCAAGAUUUCAUUGAUUCAUUAAUUAAAGUUCUAGCAACUGGUGGAAGUGUGCUACUUCCUGUUGAUACGGCUGGUAGAGUGUUGGAACUUCUUUUGUUAUUGGACACGUACUGGGAUGAACGGCGAUUGCAGUACCCUAUCUACUUUCUGACAAAUGUGUCGACAAGUACUGUUGACUAUGUCAAGAGUUUUCUUGAAUGGAUGGGUGAUCAGAUAGCAAAAUCUUUUGAAAGCAGUAGAGCCAACGCCUUCUUGUUAAAAAAGUUCACGCUGAUAAUUAACAAAGAAGAGCUUGAGAAAUUGGGAGAUGCUCCAAAGGUGGUUCUAGCAUCCAUGGCAAGUUUGGAGGUUGGCUUUUCUCAUGACAUAUUUGUUGAGAUGGCAAAUGAAGCAAGAAAUCUAGUGCUCUUUACUGAGAAGGGACAGUUUGGGACACUGGCUCGAAUGCUCCAAGUGGACCCACCCCCUAAAGCUGUAAAGGUCACUAUGAGCAAGCGCAUUCCUUUGGUGGGUGAUGAACUAAAGGCUUAUGAAGAAGAACAGGAACGGAUAAAAAAACAAAAAGCGCUAAAGGCUAGCCUUGUCAAAGAAGAGGAGCUGAAGGCUUCUCUUGGAUCAAAUGCAAAGGCUUCUGACCCAAUGGUCAUUGAUCCAAGCUCAUCUCGAAAAUCUGCGAAUGCUGGUUCACAUUUUGGUGGGAACACUGAUAUUCUCAUUGAUGGAUUUGUACCUCCUUCAACCAGUGUUGCUCCAAUGUUUCCCUUUUUUGAAAACACUGCUGAAUGGGAUGACUUUGGUGAGGUCAUCAACCCUGAUGAUUAUAUGAUGAAACAAGAAGAAAUGGAUAAUACUCUGAUGCUUGGUCCUGGAGAUGGUUUAGAUGGUAAGAUUGAUGAUGGCUCAGCACGCCUGCUUCUUGAUUCAACACCCUCAAAAGUCAUUUCCAAUGAGAUGACUGUUCAAGUGAAAUGCUCAUUGGUUUAUAUGGACUUUGAAGGUCGCUCUGAUGGGCGUUCUGUAAAAUCAGUUAUUGCUCAUGUGGCUCCAUUGAAACUUAUUCUGGUGCAUGGAUCAGCGGAAGCAACUGAACAUUUGAAAAUGCAUUGCGCAAAGAAUUUAGACUUGCAUGUUUAUGCUCCUCAGAUUGAGGAAACAAUUGAUGUAACAUCAGAUUUAUGUGCUUAUAAGGUCCAACUUUCAGAGAAGUUAAUGAGUAACAUCAUUUCUAAGAAGUUGGGUGAGCAUGAAAUUGCUUGGGUGGAUGCAGAAGUUGGAAAAGAAGAUGAGAAGCUUAUUUUGCUCCCCCCAUCAUCAACACCACCACCCCACAAGCCAGUUCUUGUGGGUGAUCUAAAAUUGUCCGAUUUUAAACAAUUUUUGGAAAAUAAAGGCUGGCAGGUUGAAUUUGCCGGAGGUGCUUUACAGUGUGGCGAAUACAUCAUGGUGCGCAAGAUUGGAGAUUCUAGCCAAAAGGGCAGCGCAGGGUCUCAGCAGAUCGUCAUUGAGGGCCCACUCUGUGAGGACUAUUACAAGAUCAGGGAGCUUCUGUACUCGCAGUUCUACUUGCUGUGA